AAACCAAAAGCUUAGCGAAAAAACUCUUCCUCUUUGUUACAGGUAUAGGUAACGAGGUCCGGUGUCGGCUCUUCUAUGGUUUCUUAUUCUUCGUAGCAACAAAUCCAACCAAAAUCUAGGGUUCGUGGAUCAUGGCGUCUCUUCUUCUUUCAAACUCAAUUGUCUCAUCUCCUUUUCUCGGCAAGAACCUUUCAGUUGAUGGGAAUUUAAGGAAGUCGAGACUAUGCGCGUUGGUAGUUAGGAGGAGCCCUAGAUGUGCUGCUGCUGAUGCAACGUUUGGGGGUAACAUCCCAAAAUUCCCUCGCAGUAAUGUUUGGGAUCCUUACAAGCGCCUUGGUAUAACUACUGAUGCUUCUGAAGAUGAAGUCUGGAGUUCUCGCAACUUUCUUUUAGAUCAGUAUGCCGGUCAUGAGAGGAGUGCGGAGUCAAUAGAAGCGGCUUUUGAGAAGAUACUUAUGACAAGCUUCCAGAACAGAAAAAAAACAAAAAUCAACUUAAAAACAAGGCUAAAGAAGAAAGUAGAGGAGUCUCCACCUUGGGUUCAGAACUUACUUAGUUUUGUGGAACUUCCUCCCAAUAUCAUUAUCCUUAGAAGAUUGUUUCUGUUUUCGUUUAUGGCAGUCUGGAGUGUGAUGAACUCUGCCGAUGGUGGUCCUGCAUUCCAGGUAGCCCUGUCUUUGUUUGCUUGCAUCUACUUCCUCAAUGACAAGUCAAAGAGCAUAGCAAGGGCUUCUGUUAUCGGAUUUGGAUCCCUUGUGGUUGGGUGGAUUUGUGGUUCUUGUCUGGUACCCAUAAUUCCUGCAGCCCUUUUGCAACCAACUUGGACCUUGGAGCUCUUGACUUCACUGGUGGUAUACAUCUUUCUCUUUCUUGGAUGCACCUUUCUUAAAUGAAACAUAUCCUUAUUUUGUCUUAGAUUUCAUCUUCACUUCAGACACAAAACAAGAUUAAUUCCAAUUUGCUUCUGUUGAUCUCCUC